UACCUUUUCGAAAUGAUCCUGCUGUGUUGUAAGGAGCUUAGUGCUAAGAAGGCGAAGAACAUGAACCGAGCACAAGUCACCAGAACUGGGAAGCCUAAGUUGCAGUUGAAAGGUCGAAUCUUCAUGCAAAAUGUCACCGAGACUGUGUCGCUCCAGAAACCUGGAUCGUACACAUGUCAGAUCUUCUGGAAAGGUGAUCCUGGUAUCGAGAAUUUCAUUAUCAAGUUCAACACGGAGGAGAUGAUGAAGAAAUGGGCAAUGCAGGUUGAUACUCAACGACGUGUUUGGAAAGAAAGUGCCCGAGCCAGUGCCAACGCCGCACAGUCCAAGCCAUCAGAUACUCAGUUCACCUACAUGCGAGAUCAGGCCUUAGAGAAUCCCUACCAAGAGGACGAUGAUGAUGACGAUGGCGACGAUAUCGAUACUGUGGUACCCGGAUAUCCAGCGGACAACUACGGCAUGAGACAGAACAGCUCAAUCGCUCCCCCGCGUUCUCGCUCGACAACUGGAGAUAGCGGGAACGACAUGGACCGCAUGCAGCUUGCACAAUCAGGUAAUGCACAGGAUUCGUACUUCUCCCCUGUAGCCGAGUCUCCGAUGUCUACCAUGUCUUCUUACUCCAACGCUCGAACAAGCUCCUCGUCUGCUGGCACGUUUCCUUUCCCCCGUCAGCAACCGCCUCAUGGGUAUCACGAAGAAAACAACCGCUACACAGCGCCUGCUCGCGGCCACAUGCCACGGGAAGGCUCCAUGGGACCCAGUCCUUAUCCUGGCAGCCGAUCCGCACAACGGCCAUCCCUGCCGCCCGCUGCUCAUUCCGCUCAUCCCGCAAGUGUGAGCUCUGGCCGACUCAGAGCUGCAAGCAGUCCAGACAUUCAAAAUGCUGGCCAUCCUGGCAGACGAUUGCCCAACGGGCAGUACGCACCUGUGCCUGAGAUGCCACCCUUCCCAACACACUAUGCCUACAACGCAGCGAUCGUGAAUCGCAGUCAGAACAACUCGCCUAACAGUAUGCCGCCACCACGCGCCACUACACAAUCACCGGCCAUCCAAAGGGACCGCUUGAUACAGCAAAGAACGGCGGCGGAAUUGGCCAGUCACGAAUACCAAGGUGGACCCACCCGGAGAGAGCCCAGCGUAGCUUCUAUGCAGCGAACCAUGACACCGGCCUCAUCUUUUGAGCGCAGUCAAGGCACUUUGACGCCAGCUUCCAUGGACUCGCGCACCAUGUCGCCGCCACUACCCCAAACGUCUGUUCCCCACGAUUCACACAGCAGCAUUCCAACACAGCUCAAAGUCAAGGUCCAUUGUCCAGCUGCGGGUAGCACGAUGACACUGGUUGUCAGCACAAACAUCAGCUUUCAAUCGUUGAAAGACCGCAUCGAUGCCAAGUUGCAGCGUUCGACGAGCGUCUCCCUCGGAUCAGGCCAGGUCAAAUUGAAAUAUCUUGACGACAACGAUUAUAUCAGCAUUCAAUCAGACGAAGAUGUCCAAGAAGCCUUUGAAACGUGGAAAGAACAGCAAAGAGACCUAAAUCCUGGCGGGCAACAGUUAGGUGAAAUUGAGCUCUUCUGCCAGCGUUAA